GCUGAGGCGCGGUGGGGAAGGCGCGCAAGUCGAACACAACCGCUCGCCCAACAUUGUUCAGGGACUCUGUCUGCCGCCUCCCUCCCUCCUACCCGAAUCCCCGCUCCGGUCCUGGCCUGUGUUUUCCAUCUCCUCGCUCGACGAUGACUGCUGUCCUCUCGCCAACCGAUGCGUUCAGGAAGGAAAACAUAAUGGCCUCUCUUGACGACCACCAACUCAACUUUUCCUCCUCGACAGACUGGAAGUCCAAGUACUAUGAAGUCGCCGAAAUGCUCUCAGAAACGAGGAACGAACUGGACGACUUUCACCAGUCUUCCAAGGAUCUCGAGGAGGAGCUGGAGCGGGAAUUGCAGAGGACCGAGAAGGCACAGCAGGAUCUGAGGGUCAAGGUGGAGCGGGCGGAAAAUGAGAGGGACGAGUGGAAGUCCAAGUUCAUGUCAUUGCAGACUACCCACAACAAGACCACCACUUCCCUGCAGCGUGAAAUUGACACUCUACGGCAGGACCAUCAGAAGAUCAAGGUUCAGCUGCGGGAGCUGGAAAUGGGUAACGAUGACCUGGAACGGACGGAGCGCGCGGUUUCGUCGAGUCUCGCCGAUGUUGAAGCCAAAUAUUCUCGUGCCUUGGAGGAGAAGAUCCUCCUGGAACACGAGCUGAUUGACAAAGCAAGUCUCGAAGAAGAGUGCCAGAGAGUCAAGGAUGAACUUCGGGGUGCGCAUCCACGCCGCUCAAUCCUUCUACAUCUUAUCUCACCCUAUCUAUCGCAGACGCAAACGCAGAAAUCUCAGCGCGACUCUUCUUCAUCCAAUUUCUUCCAACGCAAUCCGCAAAACUCAGACGACGAUCUCCUGCACACCCAGCCACCCGCCGAUCUCACACUUUCCGACCUUUCCCCCGAAUCUGACUCGCCUUCACCUGUCACUACUACCCCUCGCCAGGUUUCUUCCCCCCUCAACAAAGAUGCAGGUCAAUCAGCUUUACUCCAGAGGGCCGGCUUCUCUACCCGCACGAAAGUGUCCUCUCCACAGGCGUCGCCGUUCAGCGGCCGGUCUACAACGAUGCCAUCUCUAACAACGCCGACUCGACUCCCGCCGCGCACAGCGCUCACCCGACCUACGCCACGCACUCCGAUGUCGCCGAUCACCGGAAAUACCAUGGCUGCUAUUCCUGCCACUGUUUCGAAGAACAAGGGUGUGCAGAUGGUCUCCGAGAUGAGGGCACGUGUGAGGAACCUCGAACAGAAGAUUCACACUCGUGUUCCUCGACUUCGCAUGGGCAGCACCAGCACCCGUGCAGCUUCCGGAUCGAUCUCGAACCCCAAACCGCCAUCGAGUGUGUCGUCAACAACCUCGAGCAACUCGUCGCUUCAGCCAAGAACAUCGGACGAACGAGUAAGGCCAUCCCUUCCGUCGCUCCUCACACGGCGCAGCGACGAUUCCGUGGACAAGAAGCAGACACCGCGUCGCGAAUCCGCUGGCUGGGUGCUUAUCAUGGAGGACUCUCCCUCUCCGCUCAAGACGAAAGACAAGGAGAUGCGGAAGCUCACCGGAUCAACGACUGUGCCCUCGUACCGCCCGUAUCAGUCCGCAGCACCAGACUCUCCAUCUCGCCGUCCUCGACCCGCUGUCACGAAGCACGGCCACGGCCCUCAUGCGACCGAGGGGCGCAGCAGCGCUGGUACGACAGCAACCACCAGCUCUCUUGCCACCCCAGUAUCUCGUCCGACCACGCCAACGUUCCUUCCCUUGCCCAGCAACGGAUUGUACUCGAAUACGUCUACUCCAAGCACGGGCGGUUUCAAGCGGUCGACGGGUCCUGGAUCGGGUGCAUACUCAUCCAACCAUAAACGCUCCUCACUCGGGUCCAGCACGAAUGUGUCUCCGAUGGUGUUCAAUCAUCUCUCAGAUGGUGGCUAUCCCCACCGAGAGCGACCGACAUCCGUCCCAGCCCCACCGCGCGGACUCGACAACACUCGACUUCCCUCUCCCGGUUCGAUGACUUCUCUGUCACAGAGCAAAAUCGGGAAGCCUAAUUUCGGUGUCAGCGGACGGAGGAGCUCGGGCGGAGCGGACUCGGAUCUUGAACUCAUACUGGGAGAUCUAGACAAGACACUAGGAGCUUCGACAACCCGGCGACGUUAA